AUGUGCUUCUUCCACGUCGAAGUGCUCAUGGCGGUAGCUCUCCUCACGAUCACAACAGCUGCGGAUUCCACUCCAGCGAAGACCUCAACGGGGGUAGCCCUACGUGACGACAGAACUAACAGCGGAAGAAUACUACGCACUGUCGAUCGCAACUCGGAAGAACGGGGCAUCGCCUCGUCAGUCGCGAUGUGGGCCAAAGUGAAGUACUGGGCCCACGCCGGCAAGUCGGACGAGUAUGUCAAGCAAAGGGUCGGGAUGGCUGGACUAACGGGGAAAGCGCUGGAGUUUGACCCCAACUACAAGUACCUGGAGAGGUUCUGGCACAGGCUUGAAGGCCGCACAUUGGACAAGUGGGUGAGGAACGGGUUACGCCACACGGAGCCUGGGUGGGCUUGA